AUGAAAAAUCUCCAAAUGGCUCCCGGGCAUUUUUCUGUCUGUUGGCUCGUCCUGGUGUGUGUGAUCCCCGGGGUGAGGUUGUGUCUGCAGUGUGACCUCGCCAUCCGCCACAUGCACGAGGACUUCAUGGCCACAAAGGACAAAUUGACUGUACAAGAGCAGAUGGAUCUGAAGAAGAUCGUCAGUCAUGCCUACGUCACCUACCAGGACAGCAGCACGAAGCUCUCCGGGGUCAUCGAUCUUACUACUUUGUACCGAGCACAAACUGAGUAUCAGAGUGAGUUCAGGAGGCACUGGCAGGAGGCGAGCACCGGUUCUAUCCAAUGGGACAUGAUAAAGAUCCUGGAGAAAGGGAAAAUGAUCCUGAAGAAGCAUCUAGAAGUUUUUGUUGCUGAAGGACUGUGUCCAAAUAAAUGUGGUUUACUGUUUCAGAGUGUAAUGAAUUGCUCUUCCUGCCAGUAUGGGCUGCACAAAUGUCAAUCUGAAACACCCCCAAAAGAUUGCGGAGAGCAUCAGGUGUUAGCGAAUGUGGGCGAGCAGGCAGUGUUGGAUUGUUUUCUUCCGUGGCACAGUUUGGUAGUAGGACAUGCUGAGUAUCAUUACUCCUGGAAACAGGGAGCCACAAAUUUUUCAGCCGAGGACAGGUUUGAGGUUCUGGUGGUGACAAAGGACUCCAAAAUCGUCCUGAACCAGCUGAGUGUGAGCGAGCAGGGAGUGUAUCGCUGCUUCCUGCUGGAUCAGCACGGCACUACACUCUCACACACACUCUUCAUCCUCACUGUCAUCCCCAUGCCCACUUCACCACCGAGACAGAUUCCUACGCUCCCUUCACUUCCUCGUGUUGAUGUGAGACAUGUCCAGCUCCACACAGACACUCUCAUCAUUGCUCUCGCUCUUCUCGUCGUCCUGAGCAUCUCAGGCAGCCUGACCAUCAUCCUGCAUGUCGUGAUGACGGUGAAACGGCAGAAGAAAGCCGAAGCGGAAGAAGAAGGAGAGAACACAAGAUGGAGGGAAAGACACAGGAUUCUACAUGAUAUAUGAAAAUGGCAAAAACAGACACAAGCAGUAAAGCUUUUUCAGUGAUUACAGGUUCACUCUUUAGCAAAGUUUGUUCCCUUCGGUCUAUCGCUUCUUCUCUACUACAACGAAACUCAUAUUAUAUUUAUAUUAUAUUAUUAUAUUUUAUAACACAGAUAUAAAACACAAUUUUAAAUCCCUGACAUAUUUCAUUGUUAUUUUAAUAAUGAUCAAUACAAACAAUAUUGAUAGAAAUGAUUUAAAUAAUAAUUUGUAAAAUAGCAGGAGAGUCAUAUUUAUAUACUGAAGUUUUAACUGAAGAGUAAAACACAUGCUGGAUGUGCUGUUAUAGGAAAAUAAUCAACAACAGGGUGGUGGUGCGGCUCAACACAAAACAGAGUCACUGUUACAACCCAGAAGUUAAUAAAUUUCUUAUAACAGCACCUUCUGAAGUGUUUUAUUCCUUGUAUACUACAGCAAUUUCCCAAUAAUUAAAUUUUUUUAUUUAUUAAAGAACAACACAUCAUACUUUUUUAUCCAUUUAUAGUUACAUUUAAUGUUGUGGAACGUUUGCAGUCGUUUCCUCGCCUGCAAGUCUUGAAGCUUAGAGACAGAAAGACAGAAAAUUUGCAGCACCGUCUUCUGUCUUCUUUCCUGAAGAUGUUUCAAUGGCAGAAAACUAAUUAGAGCGUUAUCUUGGACUGUUAGAAAGCGCUGACACUGGAGACUCCUUCCAUAAACGUUAAAUAAACGUCUCCUUCCAGAAAAUCAACAAUUACUUCAUUUUUUUUUAAAGCAACACAUUUUAAUCUGUUCAUUAUUAACCUUAGAGCAUUUUGUGGAGCAUUCGCCAAACACAUCCCUCCGUAUGUAUUACUGUAGAAACAAUAACAUAUUAAAAAAUGAAUUAACACCUUCUGACCAAUCAGAUUCGAGAAUGCAACAGCAGUGUGGUAUAAAUAUCAAAUAAUAGUGAUAAUAUGGUUCAACAUUGAACUUUACUUGAAAUUUCUCCACAUUUGCUUAUAUAAAAGGGGGAUUAGUUGUUUAAUAAUAUCAUUCAGGUAUAAAAUUGAAAAAUAGAAUGGGCGAAGUACUUCUGUUACUUGUUAGAUACAUCAGACUUGUAGCAUCAGCAAAAGAAGAAAACAUGCCACUCUAAACAUGUCUACAUUUGGGUUUAAAAUUGCUUUAAAUACACUUUCUCAUAUUUUUUAAAAGUAAAUAUCCUGUAACAUAUUCCAAAACAAGUGUAGCACAUGGCUAUAUUACUUUCGUGGCAUUUAUUCUGACGUACGAAAAAAAAAUUGCAGUUUUUUCACACCAGUAAUCAGAAUAAGUGAAAAAACUGGGUGAUAUUUUUGGAUGCAUGUGCAAGGGAAUGUGUGACAGGGACUGAAUGGUAAAUCUGGUACUUUAGGUUAUUUUUUUUUUUAGAAUUAAUAUUCCCAGGCCCCUGGUUAAUCCCAGGGAUUGCCCAGUCUUUAAAGCCGCUGCAGAUCAAGCCCUAAAUCUCUUGUUAUUCCCCAGAACUUCCCCCUUUUUUGCAAAUCAGUGUACUUAACCGCCAGAUUGUGGCUGUGGCGCUUCCUGUUUUAUCAUGGGCUAUUUUGAGAGCCAGAUUUAGAUCUGAUUCAGUCUGAUUGUCUGACUGUUGCUGAGUUAUGGUCGCAGUUUAGGGACAUCCUGUCUGUAGAAUAUUUCCUGACUGAUCUGAAAUCAUUGGAAAAGAACUGGACCUCCUUCUUGUCCUCAUCCUACUGUAAUGUUUUCUUGUUGAAUUAACGCACAUUUGGGCCCAUGGAAUGACGUAUGAAUGAAUCUGUGUGUGAUUCAUGAAACUGCUGUAUGACAUCAAAUCAUGAUGACACCAUUUGAGCGCAACUGAUGGAUCAGCUUCAGCUACGUGGACACAAGCUCGUGCCCACUAGUGCCUUAUUUAUCUCAGAUGCAUACGACACACCCUUACACUUAUGUCCAUGUUACAACUAAUGUACAUGAAUCACAUCCCUGUUUAUGCAGGUGUUGCAAUACUGAGCCAAUCAAAGAAAAGCAUUCAGCAGAAUACACUUGUCCAAGACAGGUUUAAGGUUUAAAUCAGGUAGAAAUCGAAACCACUUUCCAGCCUUACCUGCAGAAAGUUAAGUGAAUUCUGUUUAUAGCUAGGUUUUUAUUCAUUUCAGUACUCAAGGACAGGAUUAAUUCCAGUUUUAUAAAUAUCUGUGAGCCAUAUUUCCUAUCCUGUACAAAUAAACAAACCAGUAUUUCAUCUAAGCUAAUGCUGAAAGUAAGUAAAAUCGAAAUCACUAAAAAACCAGACUAGCAAAUCGGCUAGAAUUGUGUUUUAGUGAUUAUAUGAAAUUAUAUAACCUCCAAAAAAAAACAUGCCAUGAUAUCCAAGCAUAUUAACAUACCUCAUGUGUAAAUUCACCUGUUACAAAAAUGAAGCUAAUUUAGCACUUGUUCAAACUCAGCUUCACUAAAAUGCAUUUUUUUCCCCACUCUUAAGUACUUCUUUCUUCGGAUUUUGGAUAACAGUCAUCCGCUGAAAGCUCCCCUUUUAAUUGGCUCGCUAUUGCAACACUGGCAGAAAUUGAGGUGUGUAAAUGAGACGAAUGUGAGGAUGAAUUGGGAUGUGUCGUAUGUCAUAUGCAUAUGACAUGCAAAUUAGGGAUUAGUGGAGGGGAGAUUGCAUCAACGCAGAUGAAGCUGAUUUAUCAUUUGUGCUCAUGUUUCAUGAAUCAGACGAAGGAUUGCUCAGAUGUCAUUCUGUGCGCUCAAAUCUAGGCGUUUCUACACAGCUUUGUUCUGUGUGAUACCAGUGAAGAAAUGAAUGCUGUUUGAGGCACAAAAUAUCUCAAAAGAGAGAUUAGCCUCAUCGUAAUCAUUAGACGCUAAAGCUGUCAGUUUUUGACUACAUUGAGGGUAAGGGAGAAAUUUGAUUCAAGUAGAUUUUCCUAAAAUAUUCCUUUGUAGCAAGCAAGAAAUCCUGGUUCGAUCCUGAGCUCGGGUUACUGUCUGCGCAUGUUGUCCACGUGUCCUCCGCAGGUUUCCUCCCCAGGUGUGAACGGGUGUGUGAGGUGGACUGGGGUCUCAUCCGGACUGUAUUCCUGUCUCACUCCCAGUGUUCCCGGGAUAGGCUCUGGAUCCACCACAACCCAGACCAGGAUAAAGCACUUACUGGAAACGAGUGUCUGAGGCAGCGUUUAUUUUAUUUUAUUUAUUUUUAAACUUGAAUAUGUGCAAGUGAGUCAGGAAGGAGUGAUCAACUGAUCCUUGUCAUGAAAACACACUCACGUACAUGACUAACAGAUCCUUCGGCUAAGAUAAAGGUCUAUUUUGGGUACAGUGUAGUGAUCUGUAUCCGUGCACAGUCAUUUCAAAUAUUAAUAAAAAGAACAAAAACCCACGUAUAGCUUGUUCCACACUACACGUCUACUUCAGCUGCAGCUGUGUCUAAAAAGUUUGUGAACCCUCUGGAAUUAUCCAUAUUAAUGCAGAAAUCAUCUUACACUAAGUCAUGGCAGCUUUAUUUAGGCUUAUUUGGAGUGGGCAGGGAUAAACUGAAAGUCUAGGACAGGACUUAGGAAACAUUUCAGCUUUCAGAGUUAAAUUUAACUAUGGAAAAUGUUUAUUUCUUAUAUUUGUAAGAAAAAAAAAAAGAAUUUUCCAUGAUCCAUAAAGUGCAGAUAUGUUGUCUGGUGAAAAUUUAGCUUUGUGAGAUUCAUUAAACACGCAAACACAACAAAAACACAAAAAAGGUGAUCAGUCAGAUGAACUGCAGUAUUGAUUUGCAGUUACACUUCCCUCGUUCCUCAAAACACACCAGCAAAAUCCCCCACUAGGGAAUUUUCCUUUAAUUUGUCGUGUGUCUGUGUAUGUAGUCACUAAACUUGACUUUCAUUUUUAACUGGUUUAUCGAUAUAACCAACUCACUGCAUGAUUAUAUUUUAAUUAUUUGGAUUUGAUCUAAUAAAUAGUAAGUGUAAGUAUGUUUUUUUUUAAGGAACCACUGUACUGUUUAUUGUAAUUUUAUUUUUAAAUUUUACUUUUAAUUUUAUUUUUUAGUUUAUUGCAUAUUGUAAAUAAUAAUUAAUUAUUUAUUGUUAUUGCAUCAUUAUCUUACCUAAAAAAAAUACAAUCUAAGAGGAAAACCAAGUUAUACAUAUUAAGUAUUGGUACACAGCCAUAUUUCAUAAUCAAUACACUACUGUUAUAAUGAUUAUAUUAUAAAAGUGGCAUCAUUUAAACAGAAAAUACAAUUCAAUUGUGACUCCCAGCUAUACCAUAGAGCUGUUGGAGUCUCAAUAUUGAUUGGUCAGAAGGUGUGAAGUAAUUUUCUGACCGUUUCGGCUGUAAUUCAAAUCACAGGUUUAUACUAAUUCAGUUCUUCUAAUAUCGUUUCUAUGGUAACAACUUACAUAGAGACUUGUAUGGUGGAUGUUUCUGUAAGGAGAUGUUUAUUUAACAUGUAAGGAAGGAGUCUCCAGUGUCAGCACAGCACAAUAGUCAGAGGUAAAGCUCUAACAGGGAAACUCUUCAGAACUGAGGAGUUUUGCACUUUGCGUUUCUCAGUAACACAUUUUUUUUUUUUCUUACUAUAUAAUUUCAAGAAAGAGACAAAAAGAGAGGCUGGUGAGACAAUGUCUGUUUAUAGCUGUUAACUGAGAACAGGAACUAACUUUUUUUGGUGGUAACUGUAAACGGAUAGAAAACAUGACUCAUUGUUUUUAAUUAAUUAAAAAUAGUAAGCUUUGACAAAUUGCUUUUGUAUAAGAGGGAUCAAACUCUUCAGGAUAUUGGAAAAUAAUCAACUCUGCUUCAGAUUGGGCUGCGAUGCUGAAUAUAUUCCUAUAACAUCACUAACCAAAGUGUUUUAUUCAUUAUUUAUGAGUGUGACAGUUAACCACUGGCCAAAAAUUCAUAAUCCUGAAUUAAAAUAAUUUUUUAAAACUUGAUUUGUAGACUAAUAUUAGUGGAAUUAAUAAAUUAUAUUAAAGUUAGAAAAUAUAUACAGUUUAUACAACCCCAGUGUUUGUA